AUGAAACCGAAUGGGGCAUUUUGCCCAUGGAACAUAAUCGAAGGUUUGCUUCAGAAGCUUUCAAAGCUCAAUGCUCUUCAAGAUGUAUCCAAAACAUUUAUUGAAAUAUUUUCCAUCGUUUUCUCACGUUAUCAGAAACCGAUUGUAUCAGUUACUGAAUUAUUAUUUUAUGAAGUAUUAGUUUAUUAUCUACUUGUUGAAACAAAUAAUGUAAAUUGUUGA